UCACCCCUGUCCUCUGUUUCUUCACUAACUGGUUCUCUGUGCUUCUUUGAGCAGAAGGAUGUGGGGGGGUUUAUGUGUGUGGCAUUUGGGGCUUCUGUUUUUGGGGUUAGGAUGGGUGCAUGGACAAAGCCAGACCAACUUCACAAGGCCCGUAUUCCUCUGUGGUGGUCAUUUGGUAACAGACUCGGGAUUUGUGGCUAAUGAGGGUUUCCCCUCUCAUUACAAACCAAACUCCAAAUGCACCUGGUACAUUACAGUGCCGGAAGGUCAUGUUGUGAUGCUCCAGUUUAGGAUGUUUGAUCUAGAGGCGGAUCCCACCUGUCGCUAUGACUACGUGGAUGUCUAUAAUGGGCACUCAUACACAGUGCAGAAACUGGGCCGGUUCUGUGGAACGUUCAGACCCGGUGCCCUCAUCUCCACCUCAAACACCAUGAUGGUGGAGAUGGCGUCUGAUGCCAGCACAGGAGGAAGAGGAUUUCUGGCAUAUUUUAGUGGAGGGAAACCACAUGUUGACGAGAAUCAGUUCUGUGGUGGCAGGCUGACAAAGCCCCAAGGUUCCGUGAAGACACCAAACUGGCCGGAAUCAGAUUACCCAGCAGGCAUCAGCUGCUCUUGGCACAUAUCUGUGGACACCAACAUGAUUAUUGAGGUCAAGUUUGAGAAAAUGGACUUGGAAUCAGACAUCUACUGCCGUUAUGACUACGUGGCCCUGUUCAAUGGGGGAGAGACCGACGAUUCUCGCCGGCUUGGCAAAUUCUGCGGAGACUCUGUUCCCGAUGUGGUUUUGACCAAUGGAAAUGAGCUGCUGGUGCACUUUGUAUCAGACCUGAGUGUCACAGCCGCAGGUUUUAUGGCUCAUUACAACAGUAUUCCCCGUGGAUCCCGAACACCCACUUCUGGCUUCAACACAGUGCCCCGCCCAAGAACUGACAGUUCUACCACUAAAUCCACUACUCCACCAGGGAAAAAACCCAAAAGUAAACCUACUGUUAGGCCUAAGCCAACACCAAAAGCCCCAUCAGGGCCACGUAAGCCGAUGCCACCCAGGCCUAGAUCAAAACCCACGCCCAAACCCAAAGUUCGACCCACUCCUCCUGCAAAAACCAAGCCUACCACAAGAACUGUUACUAGAGUCGACCGGAAACCUGCUGUAAAAGUGACAACAAAACCUAAGCCUGACAGUAAACAUCAAGUGAAGGCAACAAAUUCAGCAAGUGCAACGACAAAACCAAAAGUAAAGCCUGUCCCCGCUGCCAAAGCAACCACAAAGCCAAAGACAAAUCCCAACACAAAACCUGGGAACAAAACAACAAAUGCAGCUUCAGUUAGGAACCUGCUGUGUUCACUACCAUGCAGGCGAAUAGGCACUUUGAAUACCCGUUUCUGCCUUAGUCAUUUUGUGUUGACUGGUAAAGUGACAUCGCUGACCCCGGGACCUCAAGGCAGAGCUGAAGUUGAAGUGUCUGUCAUCAAGAUAUAUAGGCCAGGUAGACUUAACAUCAAAAAGAGAGGACCCACCACAUCUGUCACACUGACUUCUACAUGCAUGAAGUGUCCAGCACUGCGUAAAGGAGUGAAUUACGUGCUGAUGGGUCAGGUGAAUAAUGAAGGCCUUGGCACUCUGACCCCCUCCAGCUUUGCCCUUGAGCACAAGCCAGUGCAUGACAAAGCCCUGGACGCUAUUGCAAAGAAAACAUGUUAAAAACCACUUUGACCAAUCUAAAUUCUCUGUGUACUUAUAUACUUAAAAUAAAAAUCUAAAUCCAUUAUUAUUAUUUUGCAUCUCUUUUGGAGAUUUCUGGAAGAAAGACAUAAAAUGGUAAAAAACAGACAUAAAAACAACCUGGUGUCUGUUUAUUCUCUUAUAUGAAGAUAUAAGGCACUAUGAUAUAGUUCAAGAAACAGGUUUGUCUGUUGCAAUGCAAACAUCUUUAAUAACAACAUUUAUUAAAGAAUAAAUUAUACGUCCAUGUGCCUAAAGUCAAUCAUUACACUUCUGUUUAAUUUUACAGAAAGUAAUAUCAGUUAUAUAUAUAGUAAUUUUAUUCAGAAUGUAUUUUAACAAUCUUAAAUGUCUGAAUAAAACCAUUAUUAUGUUA